UUGCAUAAAAAAUCGCUCACCGAUGGAUUAACGAGUAAUCGCAAAGCAACAUCGGGAAUUGACAGAAUUUAAAAGAGAGGCUUUGAAAUCAGCUGUCUAAUCUGCAAUUUAUUGCUUCCUCACGUAAUCAAGGCAUCGUACAUGUGAGAAAUGCGGAGACGAUUAUGGAUCCUCUUCGCUGUUCUGGCAUGCGUGUCAGGCGAGUACCUGAUGGGUGGCCACCUGGACAACAACGCCGGGUCGAAGACCCGAUCCGGCACGAUCGGGGACUCCUCCGCGUUGGGGCGUAAAACACAUCCGGACGGCCUUGACCUGGAUCUCACGGCGGAGGAGAGCACCGUUGCCGCUGUCGCUGUCGCCGCUGGCGUUGACGCCGCAGCUGCUACUACCUCGUCAAUCUCAACCGACGACGGCGACGUUCCGCGUUACCAUAUUCCGUAUCCUUUCGCCUUCAACGGCGGCAAGCCGUUCUCCUUGGAGAAGGACCCGAUAACCGGUAAGAUCGACUUUGAGAAAGCACCGCCCGUCAGAGCGCUCAACUAUACCGGCGAUUAUCGCGAUCGCGGCAACCAGGGAAACGGGGGGGACGAUCUUGACGAAGAAGAUGGGGACAAGGAAGACGCGACGCCAGAGAAGGCGAACGGCAAGGACAACGAUGACGUCGGACCAAACGAGAUCAAUGCGUACACGCCGAAUUUUCAUGACUUUCUCAAUUUGCCUGUUCACUACUCCUCGGACAAAUACGGAAACGACAACUACCCUUUGAUCUCAAGUUCGUACGCGAACACAAAGGUACAGAGUGGCGCCAACAGCUACAGCACGUACAAUCACAGACCUUACCAUCCCGGAAACGAGCUGUACGUGCGCCCCACCAAGAUUUCCUCUCACAUACCGAUCACGAAGACGAGCACGUAUAGAACGACGACUAUCGCUGAUUUCGUUAAAGCGAAAUGGACGAGUUCCACGACAAGCACAACGUCCGCACCGUCGAGCACCGCCAGUUCAUCGCGAUCUACACCUACCGUCUCGACUAAAGCGCCUGUUGUAACAACGUGGAAACCAUCCAGCACUCCGCUUGUGUUUCACUCGAUCGAUCGCACGGGUGUCGAUGUCGAAAACGAGAAGAACCUCCUGCCGAUAGAAAAAUUGCAUGCUUCCGGUCACGCGGGAUUUCAACGAAAUCCAAGCACGAGCAUCCUUCCACCGCGAACUCCGAAUGACGGAGAUACGACGGAGACGAUACCCGCUACGCGUUACAAGGAUCAAUCGAGUCUCAACAAUUUUGUGCUGUCUCACGACGUGAGACACGAGACAAAACCAUCGGCGCAAAGCGAGGAGUAUAAAGAUUCUUAUGACGCUUACGAGUCACCGGACAGCGAAGAGGAGGGUGAGAGCGACGACAAGGACGACGAUUACUUCUCACCGUUCAGAGAUCUAUUGAAGGAGGAUGUUACAUCCUCCACACCGUCUACGACCACUCCCGCGACAACGACAUCAACGACAACGCCUACUACAACCACCACUACGACGACAGUCGCUACGCCGUCGGCAGGAGCCACAACGCCAACCGUUACGGCCUCGUCUUCCGCGCUACCUGCGCUUCAAGGAGACGUAUUCAAGGAGACGUACUCGAUCGAUCCUUUGCAAUUCCCGAUGAUGCAACAACGUCCAGUCGCGCCAUCUCCAUCUUUGAACAGCGAUCGUAUACAGAGCGUUGCAACAGCAGAACGCUACGACGGUAUGAUUAGUCAUGGAUAUAGACCGGGUCCGAUAAUCAGGCCACCGGAUAGGAUGGGAACGGGAACCGUGAUCGAAAGCACGAGCAACAUCGUGAUACCACCAGAUCAGGAUACCGUAUCCUUCGUUCUAGGAAAUCGUCAGAAUGUCGAUGGCGAUUACUAUUCAGUUGGCACGACCAUCGGAGAGAAUCCUUACGGCAGUUCGUCUGACGUCGACGCAUCAUUCUGGUCACUUGGUCACGGUGAUCCGCAUGGUCCCACGAAGGAAAUUAACCACCAGCAUCCUCCCGUUUCCUCCAUUACAGAAUUGAGUCCUAAUCGGGUUACACAAAAGUGGUGGUCAUCUAGCUCUAGCGUUCUGAAAAGCGAUAACAAUGAGCUCGAUCCGAUGAGAGCUCAAAACGCUUUUAUCGCCACUACAGCUGCGAAUCCGAACAUGAAAAAUCAGAGUAAGGAGAGGGAUCCCGGCUAUGUCGCUUUUCCGGAUGGCGAAGCAAAGGACGCGAUGGCAGAAGAGCAUAUCAUCAUUAUAAAUGAGGCGGACGGUAAUAUCCAUGAGUUACCGCCUAAAACAGUGUUGACGACGACAACGACGAAUAAAACAAUUAAUCUCACCGCGGCUAACGACGACGGUGACUUGCCGCAAUUAGCUGAGGACUUGAUGCCGCCCGCGGAGAGUUCCAGGCCACCGUCAUAUUAUUAUCACUACCAGUUUGAUACGUUACGACCGGAUCAUUCGAGACCGCAAAGAUUACCUCUGCCACCGCCGCCGCCACCACCGCCGCCGUCGUCGCGUGUCAAGCCGCAUUCGGUACCACCGUUGGACGCAGGACUGAGAAAACGUCCGUACUCACCGGAUACGAAACUACCCAACAUCCUACCCCAGUUUCGACCCAACGCGAAAGCAUCGCACGGCCAUCGUGGUCCAGAUGUGAUAGGAACGAUGCCAGCUGGGCAAGGUCCACCCGCAAGAAUCAGACAACCGUCGUUGCAUUCGUCAUCGCGGAGACCUCCGCUACCGCCGCCACCUUCGUACCUUCAGCGCUUGAAUCCGCCACCGCCACCGAUCCAUGCGGUUCGAUUGGCCUUCGUGCCGACUUCGAAAACGGACAGCGUUACUCUACCGCACGAGAUCGAGCCGACAAUACGAAGAUUUCGUCCGCCGCAUGUUUCGCCAAUCUCGCGCGGCGGCCCCGGCGGCGACGAGGGCGCCCCGUCCAACAGAUUAUUCGGCCAUGAGGAGAGCAAAGGUGACCGUGAGGUAAUCGAGAGAAAGGAGGACCGUGGUAAGAUCGAAAUUACAGGUGAUCGCGAAGUGGAGGGUUCGGAGAGAUAUCCGGAGGAGCCGCCGAUGACACCGCCGAGACCGCCCCUGUUCCCGAAGCGCAGAACGGCGGAUCCCCCACGCGUCACGACUCUACAGAUGAUACAGCAUCAUGGUGAACUGACCGGCGAGAACGAGGCGGAACCCGAGGUGGACGUGCUGGCGCAGGCAGAGCGCAGAAAGUCGGACAACCACGAUCCAACGGAAGUAACGAACGAGCAGCCGCCGGUGUACGUCGUGUAUCCAGUCAACAGUGCGGUCAACAUACACUCGGACGACUCUAACGAGAGAGACGGAAGCGUGGUCGUGGGUAUACGAGGUCCGCAUCGACCCUUACCUCCCGAUACUUUGCUGCAGGAUGAGGGAGAGAGCGCGCACACUGUCUACAACGGUAGGCCGGUAGCGCCGGACUUUCCGUAUCCUCUGGAACGUCCCGAUCCGUCGUCCAUUUUUUCCGCCGCCGCCGGCGUGAAAGAAACGCCUCUGUUGGUACCAAGCGAGCAACGACAGCAGCAGGCUUCUUAUGCCGCAGCGAACGAUCGAGAUAACGAGAGAAACGAGCAGGACGCGGCGAUGAACGUGAUCCCGUACUUGCAGGACUUCCUGCCGUACCGAAAGAGGAACGAUGCGGCGAUUUCCGUGACACUGCAUCGUGCGCCACCGACAUCGACAGCAGCAUCGACGCCAGUCGCAUCGACACCGACUCCAACGCCAAUCGCUUACGUCUACACGCCGACACGCGCGGCGCAUUUGGCCCAUCGCUUCGACGACGAUGAAAUCGACGAUGACGAUGAUAAUGACGCGAAUGCGAGCGGUGACGCAACGGCAACCGUGUUACUACCUUCUCAACAACCGUCCAGCUCUUCCAGUUCGGCGCCAGCGCCACAAAACUUCAUGGCCCCGUUCGUCGCCAGUCUGAGCGCCGAGGCGCCCAGCAAGAACGGUUGGAGCGUUGUCGUUGUCGACCCGCCUGUAGAUACAGAGAAGAGGACAGCGAACAGCGACAGUGGCGAUGCAAAGCUCGCCAAUUCGAUGUCAGAAGUCGAUGUGCAGACUGAGAAGAACGAAUUCGAUGCCGAUAAUUUUAAACCACAGCUCUUUGGCGGGUUUAAACCGAUCUACGAGUUCCCCACGGAGGAGAUGGAACGUGAUAUCAACACCGCCGAUAUCGACACCGCCGAGAUGAAUACGCCCAGGCGCUCCACCAAGAUGCUCGUGUCCGUACCUAACGAAGAAUAAUCUUCUUGUAAGCGAUAUAGCGCGCUUUGUACGUUUGUUUCUUUUCGAGUCUAGCUCUCGCGGGCAUUUCGUCUGCUCCUCGCGUAAACGAGCCUCGGUGAAAACGAAAGCAAAAGCAAAGUGUAUACUUUAAACGCGAAGCAGACAGACUAAGGAGCAAAUGUCUUUGCGUGCUGCUUGAUUGAAAGAUGUCUUCGUGGUAGAACUCGAAUGAUAGAAGACUGUUUCCGUCCAUUUCUACUUUGUUCACUAUAUAGGAAUGUCGCUGUACGAUGUAUGUAAUUUUAUUAUAUCUAGAUAAUUAUUCAAACGUAAAUAAUAGUAAUAAUAGUUAAGUGACAUUUAUCGAGCUCUGCCUCGCGGAUGAGCAGUUGCGCCCAACAUCAGCCGAGUUAACGAUCAACGUUAGUCAAGUUUUAAUCGAAAUAGCAAGUAACAGUGCGCGCACAGGAAAUAUGUAAUAUGCGCUCAACUCAUCGAACAAAUCUAUAAAUCAAACCUCCUCUUACAUAAAUUUAUAAUUUCUUACUUACAUCAUACCAUAUGAAACUCUAGAAUAGUCGUAAUUAAAUAUCCGUCAUGCAUUUUAGAAAUGAUCUGUAUGGUACAUUUAAUGUUUUUGACUAAAGAUACUUUUCGCAUUUGCGUGUGCUCGUAAAAA